UGUAAUUUAAAUUUAAAGACCAACGAACUUUAGUGGAAGUGGAACUUUUGUUUAUAAACAUCACAAACAUUUAAAAUAGACAUUUUAAUAUAAAAAUAUACACCUGAAGAAGAGAAAUUUUAAUAAUUGAACAAUUAAAAUGGAAGAAAAUGAUCUUAUUCUCUUCAAUGAAGCUCGACUUCCCGUUACUCAAGCUGACAUUACAAAACCUACCAAAGAAUUUGUGAUAAAUUUGAUUACAAUAUUCUUCAAUACAUUUCAUAUAGAUGGUAGCGCAAUUAAACAGCCAACAUUGGAGCAGUAUGACGCUAUACUAUCGGAUGAUCGAGAAUUAUACGAGGAAUUUAUAAAGAUAAUAAAUAUGUAUGCUGGAAUAAGUGGAAUUUCUGAGAAAUUAUUCUUUAAAGAUUUACACGUUCUUGAUAUUGCGAGUCCAACUCCUAAAAGAGCCAUAAAAGUGGGCAAAUUUUUAGCCAAUUUCAUCAUAUACUUUCGAAAUAAAGUCAGCGAACUGCAAGAUCAAGUGAAUGAAAUAGAAGAGAAACGAAAUAAAAUUAAUGAUUACAUUGCAAAGACAAAGGACGCAGAGGAAAAAAUUGCUUCUAGUAAAAACUAUCGAGAAAUUCAGUUAGUUGUUAAUGAACAGCUAAAGCAGGAAAUUGAAGAACUAGCUCAAAAACUAAAAGUCAAAAAGAAUAAAAUAGACGAGAAAAAAUUGAUAAUAAGCAGUCUUGAAAAGAAGAAAGCGAAAAAUAUUGAAAUUUACAACUCGAAAAAAACUGAAGCAAACAGGAUCAACAACAUAACUAGUGAAUUAAGACAACAAGUUGUCGAAUCUCCCGACAAAUUGGACGCACAAUUGGAAGAACUUGAAAGAGAGAAACAUCAGAAAAUACAAGAAAAAGAACUCAAAUUUGAAUCACUUAUGGAGAAAAAGAAUUUAGCUGAACAAAGAGAAUUGACACAUUCACUUGUUACGAAGGAAACUGAUAAAGCAUCUCAAAUAUUGAAAAUAGUUACAGACAUUAAAAAUUUUAUCUCUAAAUUGGAUACAAUUAAAAAAGAAAAGGAAAGUACUCAGGAAACUAUUUUAAAGUUAGAAAAAAAUCACGAUAUUGAGCAUAAUCAAUGCAAUGAUGUUAAUGUAAAUAAAAUAAAAAAACAAAUCAAAAAUCGAUUAUUGCCUCUACAUAAUCAAACUACUGAAUUAUUGAAAAAUAUAAAGGAAACAGAAAUGGAAAUUGCCGUUGAUCAGGAAGACUUUUGUGACAUCUCAACAAAGAAAAAUACCACAGAUCGUGAAAUAACAACAUUGGAAAUGGAAAUUGAGAAAUUUUUUAAACAUUCCAACGAACUUUAUUCUAAGGAAAUUUUAUCGGAAAUAAAUUCUUUUAAAAGAAUAAUGGAAUUUGAAAAUAUCAAUAAAUAGAAGUAUUAUUUUUAACAAUUAUUAUAAUUAAUACCAUUAUUAUAAUUAUUAAUUAAGAUUAUCUAAUAAGGAAGAGGCCUUGGAUUUAAACUUUAAGACAAGAAAUUUAACAAGAAUUUUAAGAAAAAUUAGGAAAGAAAAGGUAAUUUAAAUAAAAGUAUUUUUAUAUUAUA